AUGUUGAAGAAGAUUAGAGUGGUAAAAUCCUUGUCUAAUCUUUCCAAGAAAACAAAGGCGACGAUCAACAAAGUUGAUAGUUGCCAUUCUUGUGAGUAUUCACAUCGACAAUCAUUGCUAGUUAAAGGAUCGUUGGAAGAAGAUUCAAUUUCUCCCACGAAGAUCCCUACAGGGUUCUUCGCAGUAUAUGUUGGGGAGGGGAGGGAAAGAUUCCUCGUCCCCACGAGUUUUCUUUCUCAUCCCCUCUUCAAGAUGUUGCUAGAGAAGACUUAUGAUGAGUUCGGGUUUCAACAAAAGAAUGGCCUUAUUGUACCAUGCAGCGUUUCGACUUUUCAAGAAGUGGUUAACGCCGUAGAAAGUAACCAUGGAAGGUUUGACAUGAGGAAACUCUUUGAGGAAGUUAUUGUUGUCUGA